UUAAAAAAUUUCUUCACAAGCUCCACCUUAUGGAAAACCCUCAUAGUCAUAGGCCUAUUUCUCAAUUUGAUCAUCACCACCCAAAAGCCCCACCAAUUACUCCUGUCGGUCCUGGUCCCGGCCCCGGUGGGCCGGGCAAUGACGACCAUCGGACCAACUUGAGCCACAUAGCCUUCGGCAUGAUGGGGUCCGUCCCAACAUGGCCCCACCGGAGGGGCUACCUGGAGGCGUGGUGGCGGCCCAACAAGACCCGCGGGUACGUCAUCCUGGAUUUGGCCCCACCUCCAGAGUUCCAAGGCCGCCCCUCUGUAAAAGUUGUGGACGACCUGUCGGGGCUUUUUCGGGAGACGAAGCCGCGGUUCGAGCUGAUGCCGCGGAUGGUGCACGGGCUGGUGGAGCUGCUGAGGGAGGAGCGGGAGGGGGUGAGGUGGGUGGUGAUGGGGGACGACGACACGGUGGUAUUUGUGGAGAUCGUGGUGGAUGUGCUGGCGGAGUUGGAUCAUAGGAAGUACUAUUAUCUCGGGUGGCACUCGGAGAGCGUGAUAUCGAACUUGUGGUAGUCGUUCGACCAGGCGUUCGGGGCGGGGGGAUCGUGAUGAGCUACCCGCUGGCGAAGGCGCUGGUGAGGGACAUGGAUGGGUGUUUGAUUAGGCAUGCGGGUGGCUGGUCGGCUGAUUGGAUUAGUAUGGCGUGCAUUGCUGAUGUUGGGGUCAGCCUCACUCCUCAUAAAGGAAUUCACCAGGUAGAUUUACAUGGAGACUUCUCAGGCUAUCUAUCAGCCCAUCCCAAAGUUCCUGUGAUGACCUUCCAUCACUUCGACGCAAUGGAUCCCAUAUUCCCUUCCAUGGACCGCAUCCAAUCCACGCGCCACCUCAUGAGGGCGGCCAACGCUGACCAGUCCCGGCUUCUUCAACAGACCAUCUGCUACCACCGGAAAACCAACUGGUCUAUCUCCGUGUCGUGGGGUUACUCUACCCAAAUAUACGAGAGAAUAUUGCCGCGGAGCUACCUACAAUUGCCCAUCGAAACGUUCACACCGUGGGCGAGUGGCUCCGAGCGCCCUUUCUACAUGUUCAACACGCGCCCGCUGUCCAACGACUCUUGCGAAAAGCCUCAUUUCUUCUUCCUUCAAUCCGUCUCCAAGACCGCUUCACCUCAUCACAUUCUUACAACCUAUAAACGCGCCCGGUCGCGGGGCUUGCCUCCUUGUUCCUCCGCCGGCAACCACUCUACUGAUUCUAUAACUAAGAUUAAAGUUAUUUCGCCACCAAAAAAACGCCUCCAGUGGACCAAGAUGGGUGAAAGAGCCCACACGCGAGCGCGCGCCCCGUCGCCGCCUGCCCGAGCCUGA